CCGGCCAAGCACAAGUCCAAAUCUCGCAGCAGGGUUGUAUCUGCUUCUGAGGACUCCGCCAGCCUAGAUCAUCGGCAGCGGCGGAUAAAGAUGCGCAACGAUGCCACAGAGUUUUGGAGCGCCAAUAUGACAAGGCCAGACAGGCCACCUUGGCCUCAGUUUUUCCAACGGGCCAGGCUACAGCACCUUUGACUUCUUCACCCGGCAGAGCCCAGGCGCCUGAUCCGCCACAACCAAGUCCUUCUGGACGCCUGUCCAAAAGAGCUUCAAUCUCCUUACCUGAUGUUUCAUCGGUGGGCUUGCUCCACCCUGCUCCCCCGCCUACUUCUCGUCCUGAGGCGACUUUUACACCAACCGCCGCUGGACUGCGCGGGACUGAUGGACAAUUAUCGUCUUCCCAGAUGGACUUGCAGUUUUUGCUGUCUAAUGCCUUGUCCUCCCUGUGGGCCGCAGGAAUUCAACAACCGCCCAUGCCGCUGGCUCCGACGGUUCCUCAUCAGAGGCCUCAGCCUCCUAUGGCACCAACUCAGAGGCCCUCCCACCAUUUGGCACCCGAUUCUUCGGAUGAUUCUGAUUAUGGGGAUAAUGCGGUCGAGGACUUAGAAUUUUCAGAGGAUGAGGGCCUCACCCCUGAUGUUCCUGCCUUUACGGGGCUGUUCAGGCCCUCAUUGUUCAAAUCUCUUCUACAUAAGGCACGUCAGAUCACAAACAUGUCUGUUUCUUCGUCUGCAACAUCUGAGACCGCGUCCACGUCGACCCCACACGAGGCCUUGUUCUCAUCUUCCAAACCGGGCAGGGACUUCAUCCCCUGUCCUCAACUUUUUUCUGACGUGCUGCAAUCUCCUUGGUCUCAAUCUGCUUCGUCCACGGGCCCCAAUAGCAUUGAUAAAAAAUUGUAUUGUGCGGCACCAGAACUGGACGCCAUGCUCUCUGUACCUGUGGUGGACACUCCCAUUGCCAACCUAUCCUCCUCGUCCUUACUGUCAACGGAUGCACUGGACGGAUUGAAAUCGGAGGACAGGAAGUCUGAGCUUUCCUUUCGUAAAGAACAUCAAGCCCUGGCAUGGGCAAUCAAAACCGCGACCGCCACUUCCUUUUUCAACCGAGCGACGCUGCUUUGGCUGAGGCAACUUCAGGAUAGGCUACCACCAGAAGACACACGUCUCCACCAAGACAUAAACAAAAUUGUUGCAGCGACGGAAUAUUCGGCCGACGCUUCCUUGAAUUCUGUGAAGUUUACGUCCAGGGCUUUGGCCUCGUCUAUUACGUCCCGUCGUUUAUUUUGGCUUAGGAACUGGAGGGCCGAUGCCAAAGCUAAGUGGCGCUUGGCGGCAGCGCCCUACAAGGCUCCGAAUCUGUUCGGCUCCGCUCUUGAUCCUGUUCUUAUCGAGGAUAAGGACAAGAGGAAGAUUAUGCCGACUUCCUCAUAUCGCAGGCCUGAGAGACGUUAUACGCCUUAUUAUCAAAGACAGUCCUUUCGGGCGACUUCCGGGUCAGGAGGUGCCUAUUCGCAACGUCCACAAUUCUUUGGCUCCGACCGUUCCUCAGAUCGCCAGCGGUUUCGUGACAGAGCCAGGAACCCCUCCAGUCCCAAGCGCCCCUUUCGAGGAGCCGGAUACCGUCAAUUCUGCAGGGGGAAAUGACUGCGAGUCACGGGAUCCCAUUGGCGGUCGUCUACAACUUUUCCACCAUCAAUGGGAGCAGUCGACCUCGGACUCUUGGAUCCUUCAUACGGUGUCUUCCGGCCUGUCGAUCGAGUUCCUGGGAUGUCCGCCUUCUCGACAUAUUUGCUGCCCUGUGCCACGUUCUCCCGAACAGGGCCGCUUGCUACAGGAGUUUGCCAUUUACUCAACAUCAGAGCAAUAGAGAGGGUCCCACCGGAACAACAUGGUUUGGGAUUCUAUUCGACGCUCUUUCUCGUCCCGAAACAUUCCGGGGGUUGUCGGGCCAUCUUGAACUUGAAACAACUAAACCUUUUCAUUUGCUAUCGCAGAUUCAAGAUGCACUCCCUGGGGUCCAUCUUGGGGGGGGGGUUCGUCGUGGCGACCUCCUUCAAUCGGUCGACCUCAGGGAGGCAUAUCUGCAUGUCCCAGUGUCUCCUUCACACAGGAAGUUUCUGCGCUUUCAAAUUGGGGACGAUCAUUAUCAAUAUUGCGCAAUGCCCUUUGGUUUAUCCUCCGCCCCAAGAACCUUCACAAAAUUAGUGGCUGUAGUGGCGGCGUCACUCCGAAAGAUCCCGGUGCGGGUACUCUGUUACCUCGACGACAUCCUGGUGUUGUCAUCGUCCAGGAGUCAGGCAGCUCGAGACCUUCAUCUUGUCAUCAUGGCCUUCCAGAAUCACGGAUUCUCAAUAAAUUUUCCCAAGAGUUACCUUUACCCGUCCACAUCACUGCUGCACUUGGGGGCGGUGAUAGAUUCUAUUCGGGGCCAGGUUUUUUCUAUCUCCAGACAGGAUCUCGAGUCUUCAAGACCUGAUACGUCAAGUUCUGUCUCAUCGCUCCAUCCCCCUUCUCCAGCUGUCACAACUGCUGGGGAAGAUGGUGUCGUGCUUCUCAAUUGUUCCAUGGGCACGACGUCACGCGAGGCCAUUGCAAUGGUUUCUGCUCCCUUACCAGCGCUCGGGAUGCAGCGAUUCCCUUCACAAAGUAUACCUUCCACCUCAACUUCGGCUGUCGUUUCAGUGGUGGAUGGGAUCGGCCGUGCGCAAGGGCUCGCACUUUCUGAUUCAACACAGAAUGACUCUAACUUCGGACGCCAGCCUUCGCGGCUGGGGAGCCCACCUUCAACAUCAGGUGGUGCAAGGUCAUUGGUCCAUUCCAGAAAGAGGCCACAACAUCAAUCUGUUGGAACUCAGAGCAAUCCGCCUGGCCCUCAAACAUUUUCAAUCGCAGUUGGAGGGUCACCACGUCCUUGUGCUCAUGGACAACAUUGCAGCCAAGGCCCAUGUAAACAAAGAAGGCGGGACUCAUUCGAGGUCUCUGAUGUUAGAAGCGGAGAGUCUAUUCCGGUGGGCGGAAUGCCACCUUCUUUCUUUGAGAGCCGAUCACAUCUCCGGCGUAGACAACGUGCGGGCAGACUGGCUCAGCAGACAAAGUCUCGAUCACUCAGAAUGGCAGCUGCAUCCGAGGCUCUUUCACGAAGCCAUCCUUCUAUUCGGCACGCCUGUCGUGGACUUGUUCGCCAGUCCGUCGAAUGCCCAACUUCCACUCUAUGUGACUCGUUACCCUUGCCAGUCGGCGAUGGAUCAUGACGCGCUGCGUUGCUGCUGGCCCCCGGGGCUUUUGUACGCCUUUCCCCCAAUUCCCUUGAUUCCUCAGGUAAUUCGGAGGCUCUUGGAGGAAAGGGCCGAAAUGAUCCUGGUGGCUCCCAACUGGCCUCGUCGACAGUGGUACGCAGAUCUUGUGGCCUUAUCGUCUCGUCCACCAUGGCUGAUUCCACGAGACCGCAUCGCCCUACGCCAAGGGGUCAUCGACCACCCAGAGCCAGAAUGGCUCCAAUUGGCCGUUUGGCGUUUGAGCGGCUUAUAUUGCGAAAGGACCGACUGCCCGGCUCCGUCAUAAGUACGAUUCAAGCUUCUCGUAGGCCGUCAACUUCACGGAUAUACGACUCUUCCUGGAGGGCUUUCUGUCGCUGGUGUGCGGCCAACCUGGUAGACCCUACUUCAGCCCAGAUAGAGGACGUUCUGUGUUUUCUACAAUCCGGCUUAGACAAAGGGUUGUCACCAUCUACCCUUCGUCGUCAGACGGCUGCAUUAUCUACGGUCAUUCGGUGUCCCCCAUACUCGUCUUUGUCUAUGCAUCCGUUACUUAAGGGAUUUCUUCAUGGAGCAGUAAACCUAUGCCCACCUGUCGUUCAUAGGUACCCGAUCUGGGACCUUUCCCUUGUUCUUCAGACCUUGAUGUACCCUCCUUUUGAACCUUUGGGGUCUAUUCCUUUAAAGUUUUUGUCUUUCAAGUUGACCUUUCUUUUGGCGAUCACUUCUGCCAGACGGGUGUCUGAGCUUUCCGCCCUAUCGAUUAGAAAAGAUCUCUGUAUUUUUCAACCUAAUACAGUAAUACUACGUCUGGACCCAGCAUUCUUACCUAAAGUGAACUCAUAUUUUCAUCGGGCUCAGGAGCUUAUCCUUCCGGAUUUUUGCCCGUCACCGAAACAUCAACGCGAAAAAGACUGGCAUACCCUUGAUGUGCGUAGGGCUCUACGUUGUUAUAUUCGCAGGACUGAAUCCAUCCGUAAAACUGAGGCUCUUCUGGUGUCGUUUCAUCCACCUUCCUUGGGCCAAAAGAUCUCUUCAUCCACAGUGGGCAGGUGGAUUAAGACAUGCAUAGCUACAGCUUACAAGCAACGUUCUCGUCCUGUGCCGAGUCGCAUCUUACCUCACUCUACUUGUAGUGCGGCAGCGUCGGCCGCCUGGGCUACGCAGGCUUCAGUUUCAGACAUAUAUCGGGCCGCUACUUGGUCUUCGGUGACACCCUUCAUCAGACAUUACCGAAUUGAUACGUAUGCUUCGGCCGAAGCAUCUUUUGGGCGACGUGUUCUCCAAAGUGUUCUUGAGGUCCAGGAGGCUGAGUCCAAGUAGUUUUCCCCCCCUGGGAUUUGAACUUUGGUAUAUCCCAGAGGUGGAUUGCAGGAGCAGAGGGCUGGAAAACGAACGUUGUCUUACCUGAACGUUCCUUUUCAGCUCUCUGCGACUGCAAUCCACACCCGCCCUGUUGGUUUCUGAUUUCUUGUGUUUUUUACGGGUUCCAGAGUUUUGAAGUUUAUAUGGCUUGUUCUGAAAUUUUGAUUUGUCUACUAGGUGGUCACGCCUUCGUUCAAAGACUGGUGCAUCAUGGGAAGGUGGGCGUGGCCACAGCACGGAGAGACAGUUGAAAAGAAUCACCCAGUCAAUAGGAAGCGAGGAAGAAGAGAACCCAGAGGUGGAUUGCAGUCGCAGAGAGCUGAAAAGGAACGUUCAGCUAUGUGAUGACUAAGUCAAGUCAAGCUUAUUCCUCUCUCAAACUGUUUGUUGUUGUCACCUAAGAUCAAGAGGGAAAGAAAAAAAGAAUGAAAAUGGAGCCAUGAGAGUGGUGUGGAUUUAAGGAUUCCAGAUACUAUUCUCACUGGAUUAUUAAAAUGAAAAUCAAUUGUGUUGGUAUGAAAUCUUCUUCCCCAUACAGGUGUGCAGUGUUCGGUGACACAGUAAAUGAAAUGGUUGUAGACUUUAGGAGGAACCCUUCCAUACUUCCACCUUUCACAAUACUAGACAACACAGUAUCAACAGUAGAGACCUUCAAAUUUCUAGGUUCUACCAUAUCGCAAGAUCUAAAACGGACAGCUAACAUCAAAAAUGUCAUCAAAAAAGCACAACAAAGAAUGUUCUUUCUGCACCAACUCAGAAAGCUCAAACUGCCUAAGGAGCUGCUGAUCCAUUUCUACAUAGGAAUUAUUGAGUCUGUCAUCUGCACCUCUAUAACUGUCUGGUUUGGCUCUGCAACCCAACAAGACAGACACAGACUUCAGAGGAUAAUUAGAACUGCUACCAACCUGCCUUCCAUUGAGGACCUGUAUAUUGCACGAGUCAAAAGAGGGCUGUGAAAAUAUUUACAGACCCCUCACAUCCUGGACAUAAACUGUUUCAACUCCUACCCUCAAAACGACACUAUAGAGCACUGCACACCAGAACAACUAGACACAAGAACGUUUUUUCCCCGAAUGCCAUCACUCUGCUAAACAAAUAAUUUCCUCAACACUGUCAACUAUUUACUAAGUCUGCACUACUAUUAAUCUUCUCAUUGUUCCCACCACCCAUCUCUUUCCACUUAUGACUGUAUGACUGUAAUUUUGUUGCUUGUAUCCUUAUGAUUUAUAUUGAUAUUGUUUCCUGAUUGCUUAUUUGCACCCUAUGACUAUCAUUAAGUGUUGUACCUUAUGAUUCUUGAUGAAAAUAUCUUUUCUUUUAUGUACACUGAGAGCAUAUGCACCAAGACAAAUUCCUUGUGUGUCCAAUCACACUUGGCCAAUAAAAAAUUCUA